ACAACCAUUAACAAACAAAAGGCCAAUUGCUUCAAUAACUUGUCAAGGAACUGGAACUGGAACUGGAACCAAAAAGGUCGAUUAGAACGAACGAACGGUCCAUUCACGUGAAAAAAAGGCCAUUGACCAGAGGCUUAUAAUCGGAGAAGAUAGUAAUCUAAUCUCCGGCCACCCCUUCCUUUGACCCACAAUUCCAUUGAGCUCCGCCUCCGUCUCAAGAGCAGAUCUGGCUUGGUCGUGAUUCACCUGACCUCCACUCCUGCACGGUUGCCUCCCGAAUCCCGCGCUGAAAGGAGGCGUCCGUGAAGAUCAGGGGAUCCAUUUGGGCUUCAAAGAUCCAUUCAAUGAAAUCUCGAAUGCUUUGAGUGUGUAUUUCAGCGAUUCUAAUUAUCCAGGGGGUUCCCAAACCAGAGAGCUUUAGUCUUUAGCUAGGGAAAGGAACAAUCUUUCAAUACUUAUUUUAAUAAACAAAGCCCACUCCUUUACACCUUAACUCUCUGCGAUCACCGCCGUUAAUUUCGGUAAUCUGACGCCGGUGGAUCAAUGGAGAGCACCGACGUCUUCUUGGGCCUCCAAGAGUUUCUGGAACGCAUGCGUAAUCCCUCCGCUGCGGAAUUCGUCAAAUCCAUCAAAAGUUUUAUAGUCUCGUUCUCGAACAAUCCACCUGAUCCAGAGAGAGAUAGCGGUGCCGUACAGGAGUUUCUGACUAAGAUGGAAACAGAUUUCAGGGCUCACCCACUUUGGGCUGGUUGCUCCGAGGAGGAGCUUGAGAGUGCUGGUGAAGGACUGGAGAAGUAUGUCAUGACAAAGUUAUUUACUCGUGUAUUUGCUUCACUGCCUGAUGAUGUAAAACAUGAUGAUCAAUUAUCUGCAAAGAUGGCUCUUAUUCAACAAUUUAUUCGACCAGAAAAUUUGGAUAUCAAGCCAAAUUUUCAAAAUGAGACAUCAUGGCUGCUUGCACAGAAAGAACUGCAGAAGAUCAAUAUGUAUAAGGCACCAAGAGAUAAGCUUGUGUGUAUCCUUAAUUGCUGCAAGGUCAUUAGUAACUUAUUGCUUAAUGCUUCUAUUGCGUCGAAUGAGAAUACCCCUGGAGCUGAUGAGUUCCUUCCAGUUCUAAUUUAUGUCACUAUAAAGGCGAAUCCUCCACAGCUGCAUUCGAACUUAUUGUAUAUACAGAGGUAUAGGCACCAGUCCCGAUUAGUGGGCGAAGCAUCCUACUAUUUCACAAACAUGCUAUCUGUUGAAUCUUUCAUCUCAAACAUUGAUGCAAAAUCCCUUUCAAUGGAAGAAACCGAGUUUGAAAAGAACAUGGAAACUGCCCGAGCGCUUCAUUCUGGACUUUCAGCUGAUUCAAAUAGCCAGUCUAAUCAAAAUGAUCAACAUGUAGGACAUAUAUCUCGAUCAGAGUUCAAGGAAUCGAAACAGCAAGCCUUAAAUGUUAGCAAGGAUUCUGUAUUACGACCCAAAUCAUCUGAGAUGAGAGCCAGAGCUGAGACACCUUAUGUGAAAGAUCAGUUAUCAUUUGCAAAGAUCCCAUCCCUCUCAGAUUUGGAGAAUAAAGGUGCAGGACUGCUUAUAAAGGAAGACCAGGUGAGCCAAGUAUUCCAGAGUUAUCCGUACUUGUUUGCCAAUGCUGGUGACCUGACUGUCAAUGAUGUGGAGGAUCUGCUAAAUAACUACAAACAGCUUGUUUUUAAAUAUGUUAGCCUUUCGAAAGGGGUGGGCAAUACCAUUCCAUCUCUACCAUCAUUUGGUUCUCUAACUCAGGUGCAUCAGGAGGCUGAAACCAUAAGCAAACAGGAGGAUAAAACAGCAGUAGAUCCUAAUAAUGAGUCAAGAAUAGAUACUGAUAGUACAGACGUUGAAUCAAAUGGAGCUUCAAUUUUUGAAGUGGAAAGUUUAGAAUCCAAAUUGUUACAAGACGAGGCAACGGCAGAUACAGGGAAGUAAAUUGGAGGAAACCACUCAAUCACAGUCUAUUAUUAUGAACAUAUAUGUUUGUUGAGUAUACAUGGGAAAGGAUCUCACCAGGAGUAUAGAAGAUGAUCAUGUCUUCUACCUGGUUAUAUUACCUCGGCAUAUUUGAAAUUUUGAUAGAAAUGGUCUAGACACAUGGACUAGGGGUAUUCAGUGAAGGUGCAAGAGAAGUCUCGGCAAACAGGUAUGGAAGAGUAAGUGUUUUCUUCCUUCUCAAAUCACAUAUUGUUGUUAAUGGUUAAUAAGAAUGGAAUGCGACUUUGUCCAUUGUUGCACUUUGCUUUCUUUAUCCUAUUAUCAAAAGGGGUGGGAUUGGAUUGUGUUCUUAGAAGCAUUCUUCCUCUUUUGUUGAUCUGCUAGGACUAAAUGUGUUAUUUUGUUCAAAAAAAAAAAAAAAAAAGAAGACUAAAUGUGUUAUUUGUACUUACUAUGGUAUUAUUAAAAUACUAGACUAGUUACCUCGUC